AUGAAGACGUUUUUGGAAUGAAGGAUGAAGAGGGGGAGAUUACUGUCACAUUAGAGGAGGACGAAGAAGAGAAGACUGGAGAACUGAUUAACACCAGUAAAUACAGAGAGAGACGGGACUAUCGUGGAUCCUCUGGGGAGCCUCAACAACAUCAUGAUGCUGACAGGGCAGAGAAGAAUCUCUCCACAUCAGAACACCUCAAGAGACACCAGCGGAGAACCACAGGGAUAAGAUCUCACCGCUGCUUUGACUGUGGGAAAAGAUGCACCUCAUCAGGCAUUAUAUCACACCGGAGAAUUCACACAAGGGAUAAUUCUCACUGCUGCUCUGAUUGUGGGAAAUUUUUUAAAUCUUCAUCAGAACUCAAAAUACACCUGAGAAAUCACACAAAAGAGAAACCUUACUUCUGCUCUGACUGUGGGAAGAGUUUUCCUCUGUCAACCAGCCUGAUAUCACACCAGAGAACACACACAGGAGAGAAACCUUAUAGCUGUGAUCAAUGUGGGAAGAGUUUUUAUAAAUCUAGUUAUUGUCCACUGAAAGUUGACUAG